AUGGAAUUAACAGAUAUGCGAAUGCGUUUCGAAAAUUCAAGAGGCCAAAUUCAUGCCCCAUUUCUACUGCUACUGGUUGAAAAUCGAGUGUCUAGACCAAUGAAUCACAGUUUCACAAAAGGAAUUUAUUCAAUUCAACUGAAAGUCCUUAUAAACGUUGCCGAUGUGAAAUUGAACGGCAAAAAAAACUGUUCUAAUCAAGACACACCUUGUAAACCAGGAGAAUUCAGAAAUAAACAUUGUAUCUGUCAAAAUGCAUCACAAUACGCUUAUGAAAGAUGUCAUGAUGAUGUUAAUCAGACUGCAUAUUGUAGUAAAGCAAUCAGUGAAAAUAAAUGUUACGAUGAAGCACGAUAUGCUAUACCUUACUGCAGACGUACAUGUGGAAGAUGUUUUCGAGCAGGGUCAAUGGGAAUAUCAACACCUCCAAAAAAGGUAUGUCGAGAUGUAGAAAGUGAAUUGUGCGAAAAUUAUGUCAAAGAAGGCUAUUGUCAUUUUGAUGGUUGGACCAAGCUGAAUUGUCAGCGAUCCUGUAAUCUAUGUCCAUCUCCAGAUGUAGUUAACAGACAAGUUGAAACAGGUGAUGUCAGAGCUUAUUUGGAAGCAUAUCGUAAAGGUGAUUGUUUCAAUCGAUAUGAUGAUCUUAGAUGUGAAAUAUUUUCUCAACGUGGUGAUUGUCGUACAAAUCCAGGAUUUAUGUCCAGCCAAUGUACACAUUCAUGUGGCUUAUGUCCAAAGAACGAAAAUCGCUCCCAAAGUGGUAAUAAGAAAAAUAGCUCUGAAACAACUCGUCAGCCAAUACCCUGCAAAAACUAUAUUGAUGAUCAACGAUGCGAUGCUCUUGCUAAAGAAGGGAAGUGUCAUGGUACUACACUGAAACAAUGUCUUGGUUCAUGUAAUAAAUGCGGAGAUAACUAUCCAAGACAAACUACAGAAAAUCCUCCUGAUCUUGUGACAGACAACGUGAACCAUACCAAGGAUUCAUCACCUACAGAAUGUAAAGAUAAAUCGAAUUUAUGUUCAUUUUACAAAGAUAGAAAUGAAUGUAAAACACACAAAGUUAUUAGAUUAGAAAUUUGUCCUGAAACUUGUGGAUCUUGUGAAUCCAAAUGUGAAGAUUUUGAUUUACCAAAUAUCUGCAAAGAUCUUGUUCAACGUGGCUAUUGUAAACGCUCGAAAGCAUACGCUGAAAGAUGUAGGAAAAGUUGUGGACUAUGUGGAGAUGAAAUUAUUAUUCCAGUGGGGGCUUCAACGCCAUCAAGUACGCUAGAAACGAAAAUGACACCUUUUGCUACUGAGGUCACUAGUCCAUCGGUACAGUUGACAGUUGAUACAACUAUUCCUACUACAACUAUGGCGGUUACAACAAAAACAGCUAUCCCCGUUACUGAAAAUUCUACUACUCCUGGAGAAGCUGUUUCAACCAAUUUCAAUAUGGCAUCUAGUUCUCCUAAAAAGCCAACACUACUUCGAAAACACCCAUCGUCAUUGCCAAAAUAUGUAAAUAAGAGAACAUUUACACCUUCAGAAUAUCCUUCUGAAAAUAAAGAGGAAUGUGUUGAUAUAUCACCGAAAUCAUCUUGUUUAGCAUGGAAAAUGAUAGAUGAAUUAACAUUGGAGAGUAUACAUCAAUUUUAUGUAAAUGUUGAACAAGAAGAAUGGAAAUUAGAAGCAUUAUGCGAUCUAUAUCAAAAUAUAACAAUAACACAAGCUGUGGUAUUUUGUAAUUCACGUCGAAAAGUUGAAUGGUUAACAAAUGAAUUAACUGAUUGUGAUUUUAUUGUAUCAGCAAUGGUAAAUGAAUUAACAUUGGAGAGUAUACAUCAAUUUUAUGUAAAUGUUGAACAAGAAGAAUGGAAAUUAGAAGCAUUAUGCGAUCUAUAUCAAAAUAUAACAAUAACACAAGCUGUGGUAUUUUGUAAUUCACGUCGAAAAGUUGAAUGGUUAACAAAUGAAUUAACUGAUUGUGAUUUUAUUGUAUCAGCAAUGUUGUGUGGGCGCUCAUUUCGACAUUGCUUUUUGUACUCGUUUGUUUUCCGUCAGCUUUUAAGCAGUUAUAUAUUCAUCAGACAAAUAAUGAAGUUAUUCUCAUUACAAAUACUUUAUAAAACCGAUACAUCAGCCAAAAUGUUACAGGCUGCACAUGAACUAUCAAAUUUUGGUUAUUUUCAACGUUCGAGUAUUAAAGAAUUUAUGGAUUUCACUGCUAAACUUGUUUGCGAACGAACUGCUCGCUGCCAGCGCGGAUUAAUUAAGGAGCAAGAUUAUAUGUGUCAUGUUUACGUGCGACAUGACAAUUUAUGUGGAGUUUUAAUAUGCGAUCAAGAAUAUCCUCAAAGAGUAGCACAAACUUUAUUGACUAAAGCUACUGAAGAUUUUUCUGCACAAUAUCCUGCUUCCACGUGGACAAGUAUGGCUGAUGCAUCUGGUUCAUGUAAAAAGAUUGAUGAAUACUUACAGAAAUAUCAAAAUCCAAGUCAAGCAGAUGGUUUAAUGCGACUUCAAAAUGAAUUAGAUGAAACUAAAGUUAUUUUGCAUAAUACACUAGAAUCACUUUUGUCCAGAGGUGAAAAACUUGAUGACUUAGUUGAACGAUCCGAGGGGCUUAGUUUACAAUCAAAAAUGUUUUAUACUACAGUAAGCUUUCUAUUUUCAUUAUUAUUCACAUGUUAA